GUAAACAGAAGCGAAAAGCGAAGUGCAGGAGAGGAUUGCAAAAAAUUGUAAACGAAACGAUUUUUCUUUCACGACCGCCACAACAAACCGUUUCCUUCCGCUGGAGUUUUUAUAUAAAAAUAUAUAAAUCACAUUGAAUCCGCAAAUCACACUGGCUAAUAAUGCCGUUCAACUAGUUAGAUUAUGUGACCAAGUAAAAGAAAGAAAGAAAACAAGCCCAAAAUAACGCUUUAAAAAUUUUCUCUGGUAAAUAGUGAAUGUUGGGUAGCCGAAAAAUUAGAAUUUCUAUUGCGUCAAUAGCGAGAUAUGAGAUUUCAAGUUGGACUUGAUAAGCCGCACCGCAGUGAAGAGUGCUGUUGAACAGAUCCAAAACUGACGAGUAAAUAUUUGCACAGCUUUAUCUGCACUGAAUUCGAUAAGAUUCUGUUACGAAAUUAACUAAUAAUCAAAAAAUGGUUCGCAUUCGAAGAAAGUUCGUGUUCAUCCUAUCCGCUGUGUCACUUUUUAUUUUUUUACUGCUCUACAUAAUUUUAAACCAAGCAAUUCCAAGCGAAAAACCGAACAAUGAUUUACUACUAUUGGAGGACAAAAUCAAACAAUUGGAAACGGGCUUGAACAAACACCGGCGAGAGUUUGGUGCAAUGAAACAACAAUUUGAGAGUAUUCAAACCAACGGCGUUGAUGGCAAAGAGCCGCGGAACGACGGGGAUGAGUAUGGAGACGAAUCCCGACUCGAUAAAGUACCAGCCGUGGCUGCACCUCAUUUAGGUAAUCGGGAAAUGUUAAAAGAUUCGGUGAUCAGCGCCAAUCGGGACACUGGUGGCAGCUGUGCGCUCCGAACCGAUAUAUUGCCACAGCCUGACAUCCAAAUGCUAGAUUUCUAUGAGACGGUUCCGUUCGAUAACAUCGACGGUGGUCCCUGGAAGCAGGGUUGGCGAAUAAUGUAUAAUGAAAAACACUGGAAUCAGCACCAACGGCUAAAAGUGUUUGUAGUACCGCACUCGCAUAACGAUCCGGGUUGGAUACAUACCUUUGAUGAGUAUUACGACACGCAAACCAAGUUGAUUUUUACCAAUAUGUUGCGUCACCUGGAGGAAAAUCCUGGCAUGAAGUUUAUCUGGGCUGAAAUAAGCUAUUUUGCCAAGUGGUAUGGCGGCGCGAACCGAUUCGCUCGGCCGUAGGUUGAUGUACAGCUCUACUGAUGGCUGUACAUUAACCUACAGCUGAGCGAAUCGAUUCGCGUCGCUUUUCGCGUCUAUUAUGGCAGAGGCCUAAUGGGAAAGUUGUAUCAGUUUGUUCAGAAGAAUAUUAUUGUCGGUAAUAUUACAGAGAUGCGAUUGCGUAAAUCCGAUUUUGAAUUGAACAAUUGUUCUUUUGAGAACAAAUAACACACUUAUUUGAAGAGUUAAUAGCUUUUGGUACCAAUAGCAGUAUAGUGACAGCCUCAGCGGUAGAUGCAGAUGCAGCCGGUACUUCCCUGAGGCCGAUGUAAAGGUAAAUGGGAGCAGCACGGCGAAACAGUUAGGGUUAUGCUUAGACGCGCGUCAUUUUUCGUUGUUGAUAUUCCCCACAUGGAACGACGCGCUUUCGUAUGAUAGCGGUGGUAUUAGCGGUAGAUGCAUUUGCCAACACUUCCUCCAGUAAAGCCGUGUCUAGUUUUCAAUGUGGAAACACCUUUCUCAUUGUGUUGACCGUGCGCCUUAGUCCUCACUAUCAAUGAUAAAUUGAACAAUUGUCCUUAUAAGGACAACAAAUGAAUUAAUGAAGAUUUAAUUUUGAAUUAGAAUACUUCUCUCAGGAAGUUCGGCUACAUAGGGAUGUAAAAUGAAAAUCUAAAACUGAAAAAAGUGAGAAAAAUUUCAAAUGCUAAUAAAUCGGUUAGUUUUCGAUGGAUUUCCUUCGUUUUUGCAGCAAUCGAUUAGAAAAUCUUCUAAGAUUCCUACCAAAUGCAUGAAAUUGCAAUUUUAUCAUUCGAACUAUUGUACUAUUGAAAACUUUUAAGCCUUGUCAAAACACAAAAUUCGACCUCUGAUUGGUCGUUAUACCGCGCUUUCCCAAGCACGGUCGGCAGAGUUAUGGACCUAGUAAAUUGGGAAUGCAUCAUUUGGCCUAUAUGAGAGCUUCAUCAGAUAAUAAACAAACAUUUCAUCGGAUAUUAAAUUGAACAACUGAAAUUUGAAGAACACAAAUGAUUAUUUGAAGAGUUAAUAUUUUCUCGUUUUGCGCUAUAAUCCAAAGUUUAUUAUCUUCAUCUACAUGCAUACUCUGAUUAUUAUUACGUGUUUGCGUCGCUUAGUGUUUGGCUACGGUCAUGCAGAACGCAAAUAACGGCGCGAUGCGAUUCGGCAAGACGAAAUCUGUUGAAAUGUAUAGCUCUACUUCGCCUUAAAAAGAGCUGUACAUUUCACCACGGUAAGGCGAAUCGCAUCGCGCCGGCAUUCGCGUUCUGCAUAACCGUAGCCUUUGUUCUGUUCCCGUUUUAUGAUGUCGUAUUAAAUGUGCAUAUUAGAAUUCGGCAGCACUUCAACUUCUCAUUUGCACCAAAUUAAAAAAUAUCCAAUGAACUUCAUUCAAAAUAUCAGACAAAAAGAAAUUACAAUACUGCCAAUGAACGGUCAACGUUUAUUUUCUAGAAAAAAUGACUGACACUCAAGCAGCCAGGUUAUCUUUCUUGUAAAAGUAUUCUACUUCAACCUUGCGGU